AUGGAUUACAUAAAAAAUAACGAAGAAAACAUGAACGGAAAUUUAUUGGCGGGAGAAAAUAUGGAUGCUGCUUCUGAUAAAGUUAUGCAGUACAGAAAUGUUGUUCUCGCAGAUAAUUUUCCAUCCUAUGCGAAAUGGAAGUUCAUCGAGAUUAUGCUGGAGAAGAGGGAUGAUGAGGACAGUUUUGGAUUCAUUCUCAUGAAAAACAAUAAUUCUACAAAACUUUUGAACAAGUCAGCAAGUAAAGUAGUAAAGAAAUUGGAAGAUGCAGUGAGACACGUGGGGGACAAGUUGGUUGUCGUGGAGAUACUUGAAGGAGGAGCUGCACACAGAGAGGGGACGAUGAAGUUGGGUGACCAGAUAGUGGCCAUCAACAACAUCAGCAUGAACCAGCUAACAGAACAAAUGGCCCACCACGUCAUGAAACAAUCAGGCAGUUCGGUCACUCUCUGUAUAGAGUACAUUACUCAUUUCAAUAAUUGCAUCUACACUUUUAUAGAUUUUCGAACGGACAACCCAACGCCAAUUCUGGUUCACUUGAAAGAUUUCUUUGUUACUCCUAACGAAAUUACGCUAACAUCGCAACAACUUUCAGACGCAGACGAAGAAAUCAUCGUUGUUGACAACGUAUACGAAGCUGGAAAUGUUGAUAGGUUAGGUUUAAUACAAGCCGGAGAUCAAAUUCUUGAAAUCAACCACGUUAACUUACGUCAAAAGUCGCUGGACGACGCCAUCAGGAUUUUGAAUUUGGCCUCUCAAAGGACAUCGGCGUCAUCCAAUCCACUACGCCAAUCAGCAUUGCCAGUAUUCUCGCGCUACCUCGAUUCAACAAAUAUUUCAUCGCCAGCAUCUUCUUCCUUGCAACUCAUUACAUUUCCAAGCACGUACCAGUUCCCUCCUUCGCCUACCGACCCAACUUUAGGUCUGGUGCUUUGCAAAGAUCUCUACAACAACUUGGACCUGUUGUACAACUUCAAGAAGGCAACUGCUUGCAUAAGAAGCGAUGAUGACGAUGAAGGAGAGGAUGGGCGAAGGAAGCACCCUCCUCUGGUGAGGAUGAAAAUGUUGCAUCGAGGCAAUAACCUCUCCUCGACGGAGCGAUCUUCAAGUUUGAAGUCAUCAUUCGCUGGUUUGGACCACUUCAGAAGCCUCUCGUGCGUUUCGAACAGUUUCAACGAAGACACUGAAAAACCGAACUGGUUUGGCGAGGCGAACAACGUGAACAACAAAUCUUGCCGCACCUUUUCAUGCAUACAACCAAAUGAAAUGAAUAAACACGAUGUGGAAAAUGAGAUAAACUUCAACAGUUACUUCUUAGAAAAAUAUAUUCAGCAAAACCAUCAAAUAAAAAAACAGCUCAGCAAAGAAUCACCUCUAUAUACAAAAAAACAGAGCGUACAAUCACACCAAAAUCAAUGCAACAACGUGAACGGUAAAAAUAUGAUCGACAGUGCUAAUAAUAGUUCUGUGGUGAACAUUGAAAAGAAAACACCGGGCGGCAUACCAGAUGAUAUUCGCGUGAAUAAUAGCGCCACAUUUGAUGAUAUUAAUUAUAGAAAUAAUCCUCUAAAUAAGGAAUUGAGCAGCAAGGACGACGGCAAACACGUCUUAUACCAAACAAAAACCAUCGACAACAGAGAGCACAACACCGUUGCACAUGCAGCAAACACACGUACGGAAGCUGACUCCAGAGGGAAAGAUGAAGUUUCAAACAUUACUACUCCAUCAACAAAACAGAAAGUGGUUCGUAGCAAUCAAGUGCUUAAGUAA